CGGACGCCUCCUCAGCUCUGCCGCGCCACGGUCUCCUGCCUGCCCUCUGAGCCCAGCCCACAGCGCCAUGAGGUCUCCCUGCGUUCUGCUCCUGCUCUUCUGCCUUCUCUUCUGCCAGAUCCCCCCAGAUGCCGGCCUCACGGGUCUGGGACACAGAUCUGACCACUACCUCUGCGUGAAGAAAGGUGGAUUCUGUCUCUAUUCUGAAUGCCCAAAGAACACUAAAGUUGAGGGCAGCUGUUACCAUAAGAUGGCCAACUGCUGUAAAUAGGCCGGGAGGGCCUGGGAGAGGGAACCUGGAAACCACAAGAGGAUUUGUAGUCAGUCAUGUUUCAGCACAAGCGUGGCAUUCCGUGGAUACAACCUGGGAAAUGAACUAUGCGACUUGCGGGCAGGAACAGGAGGGGAAACUAGAAGGAGCAAAACACUGGGUGAUGUUGUCCAAAAGAGAAAUGAACUCAUUGUCUU